AUGAUUUUUAACUGUAAAAACUUUCAUGAAGAAAGUUUAACAAUUCUUGAGCAAAAAAUUGUUUAUGGAAAAGUACAUAGUGUAUAUAAAAAAGCACUUGAUAAAGUAUUGCAAACCAAUUCAAUGUUACAGCAGCUUAUUACUUUACUUCAAGAAUUUAUUGAUGAGCAAUCUGAUUCAGAUAAAAGUUUACAAAGUGAUAGUAAUGAUAAAGAAGAUUUAACAAUAUCUUAA